UCUCUAACCUGCGCGUGAUGUACGUGGAAUGAAAAUAGAGGAUGGAUAUAAUCUGGGAACUACUCAUCAUUCUUCAAGCCAAUUUUAUUGUGUGCAUAUCAGCACAGCCGAAUCCGCCGAAAAUUCACGAAGGAUGGUGGGCGUACAAGGAGGUGGUGCAGGGGAGCUUUGUUCCAGUGCCGUCGUUCUGGGGGCUGGUAAACUCGGCCUGGAACCUGUGCUCGGUGGGGAAGAGGCAGUCGCCAGUUAACAUCGAGACCAGCCACAUGAUCUUUGACCCCUUCCUCACGCCCAUAAAGCUGAACACAGGUGGACGCAAGACCAAACAGCAUUGUUUUUAUUUAUUUAUCACUUCUCUUUGCCAUCACCUUCUUUCUGCUUCAUCUGUUCUUCCUCAGGUGGGAGGGACGAUGUACAACACGGGCCGCCAUGUCUCUCUGCGAUUGGACAAGGAGCAUCUGGUUAACAUCUCUGGAGGGCCAAUGACGUACAGCCAUCGUCUGGAGGAGAUCCGGCUACACUUUGGAAGCGAGGACGGCCAGGGCUCUGAACACCUGCUGAACGGACAGGCCUUCUCUGGGGAGGUUCAGCUGAUCCACUACAAUCAUGAGCUGUACACAAAUUAUACAGAAGCUGCUAAAAGCCCCAACGGACUGGUCAUAGUCUCCAUAUUCAUGAAGAUUGCCGAGACAUCGAACUCAUUCCUGAAUCGAAUGCUGAACAGAGACACCAUCACAAGAAUAACAUAUAAAAAUGAUGCGUAUCUACUGACCGGCCUGAACAUAGAGGAGAUUUACCCGGAGACGAGUAGUUUUAUCACAUAUGAUGGAUCGAUGACCAUCCCUCCAUGCUUUGAGACGGCCACAUGGAUCCUGAUGAACAAGCCGGUGUACCUCACACGUAUGCAGAUGCACUCCUUGCGCCUGCUGAGCCAGAACCAGCCGUCUCAGAUUUUCCUCAGCAUGAGCGACAACGUUCGCCCGGUCCAGCCGCUGAACAACCGCUGCAUCCGCACCAAUAUCAACUUCAACAUGCAGGGCAAGGACUGCCCCAACAACAGGGCUCAGAAGCUCCAAUACCGAGUGAACGAGUGGUUGCUAAAGUAG